UCAACUCGCUGCUGCUUUGGUCAUCACACGAGACAUGAGAUCACGUAUUCCAUGACUUCUCCUUAACUCAAACAGUAGUUUGUCCUCCCUGUUAUCUGCAUGAAGUGUCCACGGAGGCAGCGAACACGGACUCAUGAUCACAUGGUGGCGCGUGGAUAGUCAGUAGUGGGAGCCACGCCAGCGUGAACUCUAGUGGGAAACCGCGACCAGCUGACAGUGCAGCUCCCCAUCAUGCCUCAGAAGAGCAGAAAAGAGAAGGAGUCCAGUAAGUCUGGAAAGAACAAGAAAUCUGCAAGUAAAAAUUGGCCUAUAUGUGAUCAAGAUGGUAAGAAAGUGCGUCCAGCGACCCAGCAGAUGAGGGUGAAGCAGCCGGGGUCACACACGGUCGGGAGGCGGGAGAAGAGGUUGAGUUCGUCAAGCUUCCCCCUCAGUGACAACAGGGAGCUGUACAAACUAGCUGCACUGACAGACGUGGCUCCCGCGGAGCAGGAGAAGCUCUUCAUCCAGAAGCUGCGGCAGUGCUGUGUCCUUUUCGACUUCCUGUCCGACCCGCUGAGCGACCUGAAAUGGAAGGAGGUGAAGCGGGCGGCGCUGAGCGAGAUGGUGGAGUACAUCACCCACAACAGGAAUGUCAUCACAGAGCCCAUCUACCCGGAGGUGGUUCACAUGUUUGCUGUGAACAUGUUCAGAACGCUGCCUCCUUCAUCCAACCCAACGGGAGCAGAAUUUGAUCCCGAGGAGGAUGAACCCACACUUGAAGCAGCGUGGCCACACUUACAGCUCGUCUAUGAAUUUUUCCUUAGGUUUUUAGAAUCGCCCGACUUUCAGCCAAACAUAGCAAAGAAAUACAUCGACCAGAAAUUUGUUAUGCAGCUUCUAGAACUAUUUGACAGCGAAGAUCCCAGAGAGCGAGACUUCCUCAAGACGACCCUCCAUAGGAUCUAUGGAAAGUUUCUCGGCCUGAGAGCUUACAUCAGAAAACAGAUUAAUAACAUUUUCUAUAGGUUCAUCUAUGAGACUGAGCACCACAAUGGUAUUGCUGAACUGCUGGAAAUACUUGGAAGCAUUAUCAAUGGAUUUGCCUUACCUCUAAAAGAAGAGCACAAGAUAUUCCUGUUGAAGGUUUUAUUACCUCUUCACAAAGUUAAAUCACUCAGUGUCUACCAUCCACAGCUGGCCUACUGUGUGGUGCAGUUUUUAGAAAAGGAUAGCACCCUAACUGAGCCGGUGGUCAUGGCUCUUCUCAAGUACUGGCCAAAGACCCACAGUCCCAAGGAAGUGAUGUUUCUCAACGAACUAGAGGAGAUUCUGGACGUCAUUGAGCCAUCUGAGUUUGUUAAAGUGCAGGAGCCUCUCUUUCGACAGCUGGCCAAAUGUGUGUCCAGCCCGCACUUCCAGGUGGCAGAGAGAGCUCUGUACUACUGGAACAAUGAGUACAUCAUGAGUUUGAUCAGCGACAACGCAGCAAAAAUUCUACCAAUCAUGUUCCCCGCUCUUUACCGCAACUCCAAGACCCACUGGAACAAGACCAUCCACGGCCUAAUCUACAAUGCACUGAAGCUAUUCAUGGAGAUGAACCAGAAGCUCUUUGAUGACUGCACACAGCAGUUCAGGGCCGAGAAAAACAAGGAAAAGGCCAAGUCGAAAGAGCGUGAAGAAGCUUGGAUCAAGAUCGAGAACCUUGCCAAAUCCAAUCCACAGUUCUCUAUGUAUGUUGAUCCCUCUGACCUCGAUAGUCCAGUAGCAAUGGAGACGGAUGUUCCUUUGAUAGAAGAUGUUCAAAGGUUAAAAAAGACAGUUGUGGAAGGCGCGACUCAGCUUCAGCAGGACCAGUGGAAGGAUCGCCCCAUGGUGCGGCGCAAAUCUGAGUUGCCUCAGGACAUCUACACCACGAAAGCCUUGGAGUCCCACCGCAGAGCUGAAGAAAUGUUGACAACCCGCGAUGGACUCUAGACCCCGCCCCUUGACGGCCAUGGACAUCCCUCCCUCCUCCCACCCAACAGCUGUUAAACUGGAUGACCCACGUUGGGCUCGCCAUUCCUCCCCUUUUUAUCCCACCCUCAUUUUUUAUCUUGAAUUAUUUUGUUCUCGUCCAUUCCGGCUGCCUGUGCAGCAAACACACUGGUCCUGUGACCAGUGCAGGAGUCCCGUGUUCACGUUCCUCAGAUCUCUGCUUUCUCAGGUUCUUUUGGUUUUAUUUGGAGAGUGACGUCCCUGUGUUCAUGUCUUCAAGCACCCUUGCCGUUCUAUGUUGUCCUGCCCGUUUCCUCCCACCCGGUCAUCCCCUCACUCUGGACGAAGACACGGAUUACACCAUUCCUUAAUUCUUUUGUCCGAGAAUGGAACUGUAGGAGCUGACGUUUUAUGUCUGGAUUUUGUUUUUAAUGCAAGGCAAGAAAAGUCAAAAAUGAAAGAUGAGACUUUUCCAUCGUCCAUUUCUGGUCACUUAACGGACAUCUUGCCAGUGCCAAGACUGUUUUGUUUUUAUCUACAAACAGGGACACGUGCCUUUGGUUUUGGUCAUCAGUGUUUUGUUUUGUAGUGUAGCACACUCACGACCAAAUUCAGGCCUGUCCGUCGCCUUGCAGUGUCCAGGAAGACGGUGAGGAAAUAAGACUUUUUUUUUUCCCCGUGGACAUCCGUCAAGUUCUGUUUUUAGUUAUUUUUUUUUGUUUUUUUAAUUUAAAUUUUUUUUUGCUCAUGUGCCAUUUGCCGCUUGCUUCCGUGUGUUCACAGGCAAUAUUUUGAAAAGCAGAUGGUAAUUGUGCCCCCCACAGUUCAAACAAUGGUACUGCUGAAUGUGAUUUUGAGAUGCACGUCUUUGUCGUGACGUUACCCAUGAUGCAGUGGCAACGUCUACAAGCAAGAAGGGUUUAAAGGGGUUUCAUUGAUUGUUUCAAAGCCAUUAUUUAAUCCCAGCUCUCACUAGUUAAUGAUGCACAUAAUGCUAAAUGAGAAACACCAAAAAUAUUCCCUCUUCAAACUUGGCCAGCAUCAGAAAAUCAGUACUAUUGUUUCAACUAACGAGGCACACCCUAUUUUCUUCAUAUUUGAUGUGCUAGUUGUCUCGUCCCUGGAGGUGAAGUAGUGUGGCCGUUCACAUGGCCCUAAACCUGACUCUGUGUCACACGGCCGAACACAAACAUGCCAGAUGCUGACCAGUGAACUGACAUUGUGACUUGGCUCGUUUAACUGUAUUAAUACUGUAUUUGCUUGAAUGCAAAAGUUGUAAAUUUAAAAAGUACCAUGUUAAACAUGUACCUUUUACUCUGGAGGAAUGCCAUUCAACCAAACUUGAUUUUUUUUUCUUAAAAAAAAAAAACCUAUGCUUGCUGGGAAAGAUGAUCUUUUAUGGGUUUUAUGAGUUAUGAAGUUAAAAAAAAAAAGUCCUUUCUAUAGAGACUAUUAAAGUUAUUUGGUGGCUUUGUCUUUUUCAUUUUUAACAUUUUAUUUCGAAAACAUAACUUAAGUGUCCUUUUGUAUGUGACCUGUACUAUAUGAUUCAUUUAAUAUUGUAUAUAUGAUUUACCUUGUUUCAUGUAGUGUUAAAUAUAUAUAUAUAUUAUCUAGAUUAAUUUUGUACAAAUUGUCCUGUACAGAAUAAAACUUCCUUAGCAAGAAAAAAGUCAAUCUGGCACAUACAUCAUAUUUUUUUGUCCCCCUUUCUCCAUUCAUACCCUCUGCAAAAGGAUUUUGGAAAGUACUCAUGUUUUUACUGUUAAAUCAUCUUCACUGCAAUGUUCAUGCCCAUUGUGUGCUCCUAUCACUGUCUCUGGUGGUGUACAAUGAUGAUAUAGAAUGAAUAAAGAGCUUAUUUGAAUAUAUAU